AAGCAGCAAAUAACGGCGCCUGUGCGAAUUCGGGCGGAGUUUAGUCAAACGCGUUUUGGUGUGCCUCCAUCGCUGGGCUGGGUGUGGUUUUCAAAACUCAGUUCCGUUAGCAGGAAAUCGACUCUGUGACCACCACCACUUCUUUGAGCGACAAACACGCAGACAGAAGUGGAGCUCUGCGUUCUGGAUCUGGGAGAGAUUGAAGGAGAAGCAUUUCCAUACGGGCGGUAACGGUAGUUCGCUUUUGCGCGCUGAGUUCAGCCGAUGGGAAAAAGUUUGGCUCUUUGUUGAUUUCAUUGUAUCAGCUUAUUUUGUGACACCCGUGAAGAGAAGAGAUCAAAUACUGUCAAAAUGCCGAAAACGAUCAGUGUUCGUGUGACCACGAUGGAUGCAGAGCUGGAGUUUGCCAUCCAACCCAGCACCACAGGGAAGCAGUUAUUUGACCAGGUGGUGAAAACCAUUGGUUUGAGAGAAGUGUGGUUUUUUGGACUGCAAUACCAGGAUGCCAAAGGCUUUUCCACCUGGCUUAAACUCAACAAGAAGGUCACAGCUCAGGACGUCCGCAAAGAGAGCCCUUUGCUGUUUAAAUUCCGGGGGAAGUUUUACCCCGAAGACGUUUCCGAGGAGCUGAUUCAAGAGGCCACUCAAAGACUCUUCUUCCUUCAGGUGAAAGAGGGGAUCCUGAAUGAUGAUAUCUACUGUCCCCCUGAGACUGCUGUGUUGCUGGCGUCUUACGCAGUGCAGGCCAAAUACACAGACUACAACAAAGAUGCUCACACACCUGGAUACCUGUCCAGUGAAAAACUGCUCCCACAGAGAGUUCUGGAGCAACACAAGCUGAAUAAGGAGCAAUGGGAGGAAAGAAUUCAGGUCUGGCAUGAGGAGCACAAGGGCAUGUUGAGAGAGGACUCGAUGAUGGAGUAUCUUAAGAUAGCUCAGGAUCUGGAGAUGUACGGCGUGAAUUAUUUUAGUAUUAAGAAUAAGAAGGGAUCAGAGCUCUGGCUGGGAGUGGACGCCCUGGGACUAAACAUCUACGAGCAGAAUGACAAGAUGACGCCUAAAAUUGGUUUCCCCUGGAGUGAGAUCAGGAACAUUUCUUUCAACGACAAGAAAUUUGUCAUCAAACCGAUUGAUAAAAAAGCCCCGGACUUUGUGUUCUAUGCCCAGCGUUUACGCAUUAAUAAGAGGAUUCUUGCCUUGUGCAUGGGGAACCAUGAGCUUUAUAUGAGACGUCGUAAACCUGACACCAUUGAGGUUCAGCAGAUGAAGGCACAGGCCAAGGAGGAGAAGAACCAUAAAAAGAUGGAAAGGGCCAUGCUGGAAGAUGAACGUAAGAAGAGAGAGCAGGCAGAAAAGGAAAAAGAGAAGAUUGAAAAAGAAAAGGAGGAGCUGAUGGAGAGACUCAAACAGAUUGAAGAACAGACAAGAAAAGCCCAGCAGGAGCUGGAGGAGCAAACACGCAAGGCGUUGGAGUUGGAUCAGGAGCGUAAACGCGCUCAGGAGGAGGCGGAGCGUUUGGAGCGAGAGCGCCGCCUAGCGGAAGAGGCCAAAGCAGCUCUGCUGCAGCAGUCUGAGAGCCAGAUGAAGAACCAGGAGCAUCUGGCAACUGAACUGGCAGAGUUAACUUCUAAGAUUUCUCUGCUUGAAGAUGCCAAAAAGAAGAAAGAAGAGGAAGCAUCGGAGUGGCAGAUGAAGGCCACCAUGGUGCAGGAGGACCUGGAGAAGACUAAAGAGGAGCUGAAGAAUAAAGUGGUGUCAGCUCAUGUCACAGAGCCAGUUCAUAGUGAAAACGAUAAUGAUGAGGGUGAUGAGAGCAGCGCCGAGGCCAGUGAAGAACUCACCUCUGCAGUGGCUUAUAAAGACAGGAGUGAGGAGGAACGCAUGACUGAAGCGGAGAAGAACGAACGAGUGCAGAAACAUCUUCUGGCUCUUACUUCUGAGCUUGCUAAUGCUCGUGAUGAGACUAAGAAGACCCAGAACGACAUGAUCCAUGCUGAUAAUGUACGAGCAGGGCGAGACAAAUACAAGACGCUUCGUCAGAUCCGCUCUGGAAACACCAAACAGCGUAUCGAUGAGUUUGAGUGCAUGUAAUGGUCCAUAAUAGGCCAGCAGGGGGAGCUACAGCCUGUCGUUCACAUUAUACCUGCAGAGGAACUACAGUACCCACAAUUCACAGCUCCAACAGCCAGUCCAGGCAGAAAAAUAAAGCCAAAUAUUGAAUCAUUCUGCACAAUUCACAGUCCCUUUAAUUCAGUAUUGUUUGGGUUACUGCAUUACCAUAAGGGAGAUUUAUUUUUUUACAUUGUGUUUGUCCUAGAUGUAGCUUCUUUAUUUGAAAACAUAUUAACAGUUUGCUGAUUAGUUUCAUUUCAGCAGAAUUGAAGGAGCAGAACAGGGAGUUAAAGUUGAAAUUUAAGCAUCAAUGCAUUCAAGUGUCAUGAUAUAUGACAUUCCAAAAAAAUCUCCAGAGAGAUAGGACAUGAACAGAGUAGACCAGACAUGAGCCAAUGUGCCAAGACCGUAAACCAUUAUAGUUCAUAUAUCAUAUACAUGCACAGUGCCAUUGUGAUGGUGUUAUAACAUAAGGAACUGCCAUAACAUUUUGUGCCUUUCCUAAUAAAAAAUCUACAACAUAGUUUGAAGCACAUGUCUGAGAUUAUGGCUACCUCCUCCCCAUCAACCACUCUGCCAAUACAGGCAGCCUAUAAGAGCAAAAACGUGUGUGUGUGUGUGUGUGAGAGAGGGGGUGGGGUGGGGGGGGUUGCUUGUGAUCUCACACAAAGUGAUUGCGUGAGAUCCCUGUUAAUAAUUUCUUUAUCAAGUAGUUUCUCUAAGUUGCAGGUUUUUGGCUACUCCCUGUCUGUGCGUUUCCACUGAAGAGGAAAGAAAGAAAAUAUCAAACUGUAUUUUUAGUUUAGUUUUAAAUCCUAUUCUUAUUUGAAGCUUUUUAUAAAAAAAAAUUAAUAAUAAAAAAGAAGAGACUGUUUUUUUGUUUUAAGGCAUUUGAAUCCUUUUUGCAGUAUUAUUUUGAAGAAUCCUUUAACAGAAUGAUACUUAACAUCUUUUUGGAUUAAGUUUCUCCCUUUAUUUCUGAACAGUAUUCACCCAGAGAGUGUAUGCCGUUUUAAAUAGCCCUGUACUUGUAGGUAGUGCCUUAGUUGUUUUUGUAAUCUUAAUUAAUGUAGCAGUAUGCUGCAUGAAGCAAUAUGACAUGACCCCAGCUGCUUUUGAAGAAUUAAUUCUUUAUUUGGAUCUUGGAUUUACUUGGAUAAUUAAAACUGUUUUUAUAUAUAAGAACAUGGAUCUCUUUUAAUCUUGUUCUGGUCUUAUAUAGCUUUCUUGUUACUUGGGCAACAUAACAUUUUUGGAAAUUCCAUGUGUAUUGCCCUUAGGCUGCAGGUGGCUUUUUCUCAGCCAGUCACAGAAAAGAUUGCUGCUUAAAAUGUUUUCAUUGCAACAGUCAAUAAAAUAUUAAAAACAUUA